CCCCACCCAGAGAUCUGGUGCUGCUGCAGUGCCGUCCAGGAGAAGCCUGGCCGAGUCGACCGUUGCUCGCAGUCGCAGAUGCCGUUGCGCCGGCACGCCGCUUCAAAUUUCGAAACCCACGCCCUCCCGUAUAAACACCCCGAUCCCAAUUCCCAACCCACCAACCCCACCAAACCAAACCGACGAAUCAAUGGACGACGAGAGGAAGGAGAUGGAUCCGUCCCCACCGGCGGCGGCGCCGCCGCCCAGGAGGGCGGCCGCGGCCACCGUCAGCGGCACGCCCACCGCGUCGCGCGGAGGCUCCAGCACGGGCUCCUCCUGCUCCUCCAACUCGCACCCGUCCGCCCCCGCCUCCACGGGGACGCCGCCGUCGGCCGUCGUGCCGUGGGCGGCGCGCGCGGGGGACAGCUGCUACUACCCCGGGUGCCGCAAGGACGCCAACUGCGCCUGCGACAUCUGCCUCGCCAGCAUAGAUGCCACGCGGGACCUGGUCCGCGCGCCCGAGGCGGCCUCCGCGCGCAGGUUCUUUGCGGGCGCCGCCGCCGCCGCCGCCAGGGGCCGGAGGCCCGCGCUCUUCUGCCGCGACCGCGGCGCCGGCGCAGGGGAGGGGUCCGAGCUCAACGAGCCGCCGUGGACGCCGCCGAUGCGGUCCACGGCCAAGUCCAGGCGGGCGCCAGGGCAGCAGGCGUCCGGGGAGAGCGGGGGCGGGGCGAGCGGCGCCCGCGGGUCGCAUGACUGGGCGCUCUACGCGGCCACGGUCCUUGGGUUCCUGCUCCUGCUGUGGGUGGACACGGGGCUCGUCCCGGAGGCCGCGGCGAGGGGGUUCGGGCCCAAGCUGUCGCCGGAGGCCGUGGCGAGGGUCGGGGCCGAGGCGCGACUAGCGCCUGGCGGCCUAGAACACAAGCUCCGCGUCCUGGAGCGCAGGGUCGGGCAGCUCGUCGGCGGCGAGAGGGCCGCCAACUGCAGCUCGCAAGACUCCGUCUGGCGACUCCACCAGAACGAUCAGCACGUGUUCCACUGGCGCUGCACGGUGCACAAGUCCGUGGCGGAGGAGGUCAGCGUCUGGGGGAGCCCUCUCCGCACCUCCGGUCUCCUCCCGGCCACGCUCUCGGCGCGGCACCUCACCCUACUCUCCGGCGAGAUCACCGAGUGGUCCGACGGGAAGGUGUGGCCGACGGUGCGGGCGAGCAACGGCAGCUCCUGGGCCUACCGGAGGCAGAGCGCGUCGGCGGUGCGGUUGGAGCCGGAGACGUGGGUGCUGGAGUACCAGAGGAGCGCGCUGUUCGAGGGCACGCGGCUUAUACCAGCCGCCGCGGAGCUGCUCGCGUCCAGGUGCUCGACGAUGGCGCGGCGGGCGCGGCGAAGGCUGCAGGCAAAGCGGCGGCUUUUCGGUGGCGCACAAGCGAACCCGACCUGACUUGGGCUGACCGGAGAUCGAUUUGCUUUCUAGGAUGCUUCUAGUAGUUCUAGUAGAUUCAUCUCAUCUCCUGUGAGAUUGAUCAGGACUUCUGUGUUCUUUUGGUUUGGUUGCAGUGAUGUGUAGGCAGACAGCCGGAUCUGAACGCUGGAAAUCUUUAAUCAGAUUAUUAUUUUAGGAUCA